GUGUUAGUUUUCUGAUGACAAGAGAGCAAAUUUGAAUCAUCAUGCAGCUAGACAGACAUUUAAUGAUUGUAGCAUCUUUCAUGCUUUGUUUGUAUUGUGUACGUAGUAUAGAUAUCAUAGAGUGUGGUUCAUACUGGACUUAUGAAAAUGUAACGAUUGAGAACUGUGGUGAAGAGGAUACUUCGUGUCGUCUAAAAAUUGGGGCUAAUACAUCCAUUUCAUUCGUUAUAAAUACCGGUAAGAAUGACGGAGACAUUGAUAUUGGCGGCGUUGUCGUCAAUGAUGUUGCUUUCUUCCCUAUCGGCAAUCUAAAUUUCAGCUUAGCUGUGACACCGGACGAUCCCUGUGACAUUUUGAAAUGCCCAUUUGAAACAAACUACGAAGCCCCAUUUUCGGCUAAAAUUUACGUUUAUCCGGAGUAUCCUCAGUUGUCUGCUCGUCUGAAAUGGAUUAUGAAAACCGAAAAGGAUGAUCAACUUUUGUGCUUUUCGUUCCCGAUCACUCUAGUGUAAUAUUUAUGUGUAUUAUUUAUUUUUUCUUAUUAUAAUGUUUACGAAAUAGCCAA